AUGUUCCACCAGGUCAGACUUUCUCCUGAAGAGCGUUGCAGGUUUCGGUUUCUUUGGUGGGAUGAGCAGAUGGAUACUUGGAUUGUCUUUCAGUGGUUAGUGCUCCCAUUCGGAGCGACCUGCAGUCCUUGCUGUGCAACAUUCGCAUUGCAGAAAACCGCAGAAGAUGGCAAGGAAAGAUACCCUCUUGUUCAGGACACCAUAAAGCUGGAAACGUACGUAGACAACCAGCUAGCUAGUCGGGACACCGAACAACAGGCCAAAGAACUUGUUCUUAGUACUCGCCAGUGUCUACAGGAAUCUGGAUUUCAGAUGGUGAAGUAUGCCAGUAGUCACCCAGAAGUGGUAGAGAAUCUGCCGACAGCAGCCCGCUCUAAUCACCAUUUGAGAUCACUCUCACUCGAUCAACUUGAGGGUAAUCCCGAGCCAGCUCUUGGUCUCAAUUGGGACUGUAUGAGUGAUGAGAUGUAUCAUCCAGCCAAAGUUCCUGACAACCGUUUGCUCACAAAACGUACUGCUCUGAGAGUUCUGGCGAGCCAGUUUGAACCCCUUGGUGAUAUUGCACCAUUCACAGCAAGAGCUAAGAUAAUAGUCCAAAAACUCUGGAUGAGCAAACUUGACUGGGAUGAAGAAGUCAACGACACUGAUAUCAGGAAAAGGUGGGAGGACUGGUGUCUCGAACUGGAACAGAUUCCCUCUUUACGGAUGCAGCGGUGUUACACUCCCUCACAUGUUGACAGUACUAGUGUCAAGCGAGCACUUCAUGUUUUUUGCGAUGCUUCAGAGAGGCUGUAUGGUGCAGUUGCAUAUAUGCGUUCCGUGGACGACCAUGAGCAAGUCUAUAUGAGUUUUGUACUGGCCAAGUGUCGAGUGGCACCGAAGCGACUGACCUCUAUGCCACGUCUUGAACUGAUGGCUGCUCUCGUUGGUGCACAGCUGGCUCAGUUGGUGAGCCAAGCCCUAACUGUGGAGUUGGACUAUGUGAUGAUGUGGAGUGAUUCUACCACGGUGCUGACAUGGAUUCAGUCAGAUUCUUGUCGCUUCAAAGUUUUCGUUGGCACCCGUGUAGCUGAAAUCCAGACCUUAACUGACGGCAUGGAAUGGCGCUACGUGCGGACCACAGACAACCCUGCGGAUGAUAUAACUCGGGGACUGUCAGUUGCAGAGCUAGGGAAGGGCUCCAGAUGGAGUGAAGGACCACCAUGGCUACUUGGUCCACCAGACACCUGGCAAAGUGAAAGUGCACCAGUCCUCGCACAGACCCGCGCUUCAUCAUCUGCUGAUACAAGUGAGAUUAAGAAAGCUCUCUUUUGUGGAGUGACCAUGACCGGCCCCGUGAAUGAUCUGGAUUUGACGGUUUUUGAGAGUUGGACUGACUUGGUCAAUGCAUUGGGUCAGAAGUUGUAUCCAUUUGAUGAGCAGGUGACCGGUGCUCUCUCUCCUGACCAGACGCGUGAUGUUGAGAAUCAGCUCCUCCAGCGGGCACAGAUGGAUCAUUUCAAAGCAGAGAUCGCUGCCCUUGAGGCUGGAAAGGAGAUAUCAAAGGAAAGCCGUCUAAUCCAGCUCGCACCCGAGCUAGACAGAACUGAGAAGUUGAUCAGAGUUGGGGGUCGUCUAAGAAAAGUGCCUCAACAGGAUUGUGUUGAUUUCGAGUUACAUCCAAUUGUCCUGGACCAGCAUCACCCAGUUACCAAGCUCCUAAUCAAGGAUGCUGAUAACCAUUUCAGUCAUCAAGCUGGCACCGGACAAGUUUUUGCCUACCUUCGGCGUCGCUAUUGGAUCAUCCGUGGGCGCAGUUCAGUAAAAGGUGUUCUCCAUGCCUGUUUUGAAUGUCGCCGUUGGCGUGAGAAGCCCCGAGUCCCUCGUAUGGCUGACCUCCCAAAAUCCCGCUUGCGACUGCACAAGCCUCCUUUCUACUCAACAGGAAUGGACUGUUUUGGUCCAAUGACUGUCACAAUUGGACGAAGACAGGAGAAACGCUGGGGCCUUCUGUUCAAAUGCAUGACGACCCGUGCCAUUCAUCUAGAACUUCUGGAGAAAAUGGAUGCAGAUCACUUCCUAAUGGCAUACCGAAGGUUUGCUUCCCGGCGAGGAGUACCCUAUGAGUUACUAAGCGACUGUGGCACUAAUUUUACUGGUGCCGCAACAGAGAUGGAAAAUGCCUUGAAAGAGAUGGAGCCAGAGCUGGUUAAGCGACUUGCGAAGUACAAGGUGUUAUUCAGGUUCAACCCCCCUAACGCACCCCAUUUCGGUGGCCUGUGGGAGCGCGAAGUACGUUCAGUCAAGACCGCACUCAAAGGAGUACUUGGAGACCGCACUGUCCCAGAACCUGUUCUGCGCACUGUAUUGACUGAAGCCGAGGGCAUCAUGAACUCCAAACCUCUUGGUUAUGCAUCGUCAGAGGUGGCAGAUAUCGAUCCAGUAACACCCAACAUACUUCUGAUGGGGCGGCGCGAUCCUGCACUCCCCAUGGUAGUCUAUGAUGAGGGCCGCCGCAGUUGGCGACAUAGUCAGGUCUUAGCAGACCAUUUCUGGCGUCUCUUCAUACGCUCGUACCUGCCAACUUUGCAGACCCGACAGAAGUGGCAGCGAGAGGUCGACAACCUGUCUGUUGGAGAUGUGGUGAUGAUUGCAGACCCACAGCUUACCCGCUCCCAGUGGCCAGUUGGUGUUGUGUCAGAGGUGCUUCCAAGCAGUGAUGACAGAGUCAGAGCUGUCAACGUGAAGGUGGACAAACGGACGUACAAGCGACCUGUAUCCAGGCUUGUGAGAUUGUCCAAGUAUGAGGAAGGGGAUACUGCCAAGAGCAAUGCACUGCUCACUCGUACUCGCAUUCCAUUCAAGCUCUACUCUAGCUAUGAAACAAGUACUGUUUAA